AUGUUAGCCCUCACGAUCGUUGGUAACUUUCGUUAUCGUGUGGAGUGCGCGGACUUUUAUCCCGGGUUCCCCCUAUCCAGUCCUGAGAUCUCGUCGAAGUUAGAAGUUUGUGUGUGCGAAGAAGUUAGCCUAGUGCGCGGCCUAGCUAGAGAUCAGUUCGAAGGCUUCGCUUCUCUCGCCCUACCAGCCAAGCAGCACCAGAAGGAGAUCGAGCGCACGUCCACCACCGCCCCGCAUCGAGUGUGGGACAAGUUUGACCCGGCACACGCUACAUCGCCAGAAGAGACGAGCCGUCAACAUCUCGUCUGGAGGCGGUUCCAUCCGCCCACGUGCUGGCCCGGAAAGCCAAGUUCCGGCCAGCGCAACAUCAUCGAAGUCGACCGCGCCCUCGUAGGUCGAAUCGGCAGCGUCGUUCGCGCCGUCCGCGAACACGCGGUGAAGAACAUCAGCAGCAGCAGCAAGUAA